AUGGUUGUUAGAGACAAAGAGCAAUUCAUGGGUUGGGCAAAGAGUCACCCUAGAGCAGUAGCUUUGUAUGGGAAGCCCUUUGUGAAUUUUGAUAAGCUAUUUGAGGUUUAUGCUAGUGACUUAGCAAAAGGAGUGAAGGCCAAAGACCUUGGAGAUCAGUUUGAAAUGCAUGAAGAACUAUCCUUAGGAAAUGUGACUGAAGCAACCCACCAGUUCAAAAUGCAGUUGACUCCCAUUCAAACCAUCAUCCCAUGGUAG